AUGGAGGAAAUUCCUAUUGAUCCUAAAACAGAAAUUGAAGACAAAGUAAAAGGGAUAUUGAAACUUAUUAAAGAUGGCGAACUUGAUAUGGAUGGCACGCCGGAAGAAAUUUUGAAGAGGGAACCGCUUGCUGAAUUGGUUAAAAAUAUCGAAAACAUUAUAAAUGAGCUGAAUGUAUUGCAUAAGGAAGUGGAGUCUCUACAACACCAAAAAUCUGACUCGGAAGUUAUAGAAGAUAGAGAUAAAUUAACCAUGGAGUUAGAGAAACUGAAACUGGAAAUGAGCACCAUAAUGAGCAAACAUAGUGAAGAAAAAAACCAAAUGAUCACCUACUACGCAGAGAUAUGUCAUGUACGAAAAUCAAAUAAGUGCUACCGGAAUGAGAUCAGUGAACUGGCAUGGGAGAAUUUGGAGCAAGAAGAAAAAUUAGGUAAGUUGGAGGGAGGAUUAAAAGCUAGAAAAUUAGAGUGCUCUGCACUCCAACGUAAGCUUAAUACGGCAGAGAAAGAUGCUUCAGGAAAAAUGAUUGCCUUCACAGCCAAAGUUGACAAUCUCCAAAAGGACAUGCUUUCCUUGAAGAAAACAAAAGAAGAAUUGGAGCUCAACUGUGAAAAACUCAGAGAAGAACAUGUACAAACCCUCACAAUUGUUGACGAUGAAAAUAAGGAAUUAGCCAACAAAAUAAUGGAUCUUCAGAGAACAUUGAAAGAACAGGAAGAUGCAUAUCAGAAGUUGAAUGAAGAAUAUAAACAAGUUGACAGUAGGUUUAAUGAAUGCAAGGUCAAACCUGAAGUUGCAAACAGAAAGAUUGAAGAAAAGACAGAAGAGCUUCAUGAAAGCAUUGCAUCAAAAGAUCAGAUGGUAGAUGAUUUGGAACAGCAAGUUGAAGACCUGAAAAGAGACCUGGGAGAGAAUGUCAAGAAUCAUGAGGAAAAGCUUCGCCUAUCAAACCAAAAGCUCCAGGACACAGAACAAUUGCUAAGUGAAAAGGAAGAAGAGUUUCAGCAAGUUCAGAGAGAACUUGAAGAAAGGAAUGCUACUCUGGUAGCAACAAUCACUGCUAACAAUGAAGCUUUUCAAGAAACAAUCAAAGGUAUUGAAGUGUGUGUCGACAGUGUGAUAUUUGGGAUAGAUACUGUAAGCAAGAAAUUUACCGAUAACUGCAAUAAUUAUGAGAACUCCAUCACAGACAUUUCUCACGAGCUUCAGGUUGUAAAAGAAUAUGCCAGCAAGAUUAACAGGGAAAAGGGGAAGUUACAGGAAGAUAAAAUGCUUUUGUUGGAGGUUCUGCAGGGUAUAAAGGAAGAGGAAUUAACUCUGAUGAAGAAGGUUGAGAAUCUAGAGGCUAAGGCAAGAAAGGAGGAAUCAAAAAAGAUGAAUGAGAUCAGUAAACUGGCACAGGAGAAGUCGGAGAUCGAAUGCAAAAAAGAUCAAUUGGAGAGAAGAUUAAUUUCCUUCACAGGUUGCGUUGACAAUUUGCCAAAGGACCUGCUUUCCUUGAAGACAACAAAAGAAAAAUUGGAGUUAUACCGCAAUAAAAUCAUAGAAGAACAUGCAAAAAUCCUCACAAUGGUUGACAAUGAAUUAGCCAACAAAAACACGGAUCUUCAGAGAAUAUUUGAACAAAUGGCAGAAGAGUGUAAUGAACACAUUGUGUCAAAAAAUAUGAUGGUGGCUCAUUUGGAAAGCCAACUUGAAGACCUUUCGAUGUUGAUAAAAGAGAAAGAGGAAGGCAUGAGACAGAAACAGAUGGAGGCCAUUAGGAAGCUCAGUUUGCAGGUUCACGAUCUCAGGAAGUAUAAUGAUGAUCUCAAGGAAAUCAUAUUAAAGUGUCGCAGCUACUGUUGUUUGUGCUAGCUCUUUUGUUUUCUAUGCAGCUAUGUCAGUUGGGUAUUGUCAUGAUUAGACAUAUAAUUAGCUCAUUUUUCCUGUGAAUUGAUUCUUGUCUUUCAAA